AUGAUGCGAAUCGCUAUUGCAGGAGGCACUGGCCUUAGUUGGCUCCUGACAAGCCAACUUUCCAAUGCUGCAAACGCUUACCAAGUUGUUGUCUUAUCACGUUCUCCGCACCCUGAGUACGACGUGUUUGGCGUUCAAGUCAUGGUUGUCGACUACAAUGAUGGAGACAGUCUCUCCUAUGCACUCCAAGGCGUCAACCUUGUGAUAUGCACCUUUUCAGGCGAUGAGCAGCUCAACUUGAUAAAUGCAGCUGCUCAAAGUGGCGUACAGUUCUUUGUACCAUCUGAGUUCGAGGGAUGUCUCGAGAAGCGUCCAGAAAAUGACCAACUAGAUCCCUAUUCGCACUCCUCUCAAGCGAGGCAGCUUCUAAGACGAUGGUCAAGAUCAUCUCAGAUGAAGUGGACAGUUUUCUCUUGUGGCAUCUUUAUGGAGAGAUUGCUUCCUGAAGGGCUGGGUCAUGUGUCAAUUGGUUAUGGCUCUAACUUGGCAAAUGUGGGCACAUACUUAAUUGACAUGAGCUCGUAUACUGCUGAGUAUGUGGAAAAGAAUGCAAGAGGACAUACAGUUCGAGUCUGUAUGACAUCAGUUGAUGAUGUUGCUCAAUUUGUUGUCGCAGCUAUUGACUUGGGGCCUGCGAACUGGCCUCGUGAGUUUACUAUGCGAGGAGACCGUUUAUCAGUCCGUGACGUCGUUGGACAGUGUUCAAGGGCUUUGAAUGCCGCUUUUCAGCUUUCUCAGUGGCAAGCCGCUGACCCUGCUCGAUUGAUUACCGCUUUCUACGAACAGGGGGACUACGCCAGAGUCGCCUUUUAUCAACAACUUCAAGCAACUGUUGAGGGACGAUUCGAUUUCAACCAUACGUCUCUGAAUGACCUCGUCAGCGCAAGUCCGUACGUGAAUGUUCAACCGAAAACCUUUCGUCAGUGGCUGAGUGAGCAUUUUUGA